CCCCCGGCGGGCACCAUGCUGGCGGAGCAGGAGAACCAGGAGAACGUCCCCCCGCCCGCCAAAGCCCCGCCGCCCGCCGCCGGUACCCGCGUGGCGCUGGGGCUGCUGCGGGGCGGCCCGGCGCGGCCGGGGCUCGGGCUCGGUGCGCAGGCGGCGCGGAACGGAGAGGGCCGAGGCGCGGCGGCGGGGCGGCAUCAGCCCUUCAGCGUCUACGUGGACGAGCCCGACGAGGAGCCGCGGCGGCCUCAGAGGAAGAAGGAGCGGGAUGAGGAGGCGGCGGACGCGCCGGGGCUGCGGGCCGCCCUCGGGACCUUGGGGGAGCGGCGGCCCCUGGCGCCCCUGGGCAACGCCAUGGAGCUCAGCCUCGACUCCCCGAGUAUCAUGGAUAUCUCCAUAACUUCAGAAGCAGAAGAGCGACCAAACGUUAACAAUGUGCCAGACUAUGUCAGCGAUAUCCACAAGUACCUUAGGGAAAUGGAGGUAAAAUGCAAGCCUAAAAUAGGCUACAUGAAGAAGCAGCCUGACAUCACCAACAACAUGCGAGCUAUUCUGGUGGACUGGCUGGUGGAAGUUGGAGAAGAGUACAAGCUCCAGAAUGAAACUCUGCACUUAGCUGUAAAUUACAUUGACAGGUUUCUUUCUUCAAUGUCUGUUUUGAGAGGAAAGCUCCAGCUUGUGGGUACUGCGGCUAUGCUGCUCGCAUCGAAGUUUGAGGAAAUCUACCCCCCUGAAGUAGCAGAGUUUGUCUACAUCACGGAUGACACCUACAACAAGAAGCAAGUUCUGAGGAUGGAGCACUUAAUUUUGAAGGUUUUGUCAUUUGAUUUGGCAGCUCCAACGAUCAACCAGUUCCUCACUCAGUAUUUCCUGCACCAGCAGACGAACGCUAAAGUUGAGAGCUUAUCAAUGUAUCUUGGAGAGCUGACUCUAAUUGAUGCUGAUCCUUACUUGAAAUACUUGCCAUCAGUUAUUGCUGCUGCAGCAUUUCAUCUAGCAAGCUAUACGAUCACUGGACAAACUUGGCCUGAAUCUCUGUGCAAGGUGACAGGCUACGACCUUGAACACAUUAAGCCUUGCCUCACGGACCUUCACAAGACCUACCUCAAAGCAGCACAGCACACGCAACAGUCCAUAAGGGAAAAGUACAAGAGCACAAAGUACCACGCAGUAUCGCUUAUUGACCCACCAGAGACACUAGAUUUGUAAUAAUCAAGAGACUUAUCUUUUAAAUACGCAGAUGUAUAUUACAAGAAAAUGAUGUACAGUUUUUAAAUGUGGUUAAAAGUUCUAGGUGUGAUUACUCAGAAUAUUAAUGCAGGUUUUGAUGAGCGUAAUUCUGAAGUUAGUUUUAUGUGGUUUUAAUGUAAAUCUUUUGUACAUGCAAUCUUCUUAAAAUAUGUAGCUAUGUUUUUAUAAGAAUGUUCUCUCGAAGCACAGAAUUAACCAUGAAGACCAAGUCAAGUCUGAGACUGCUUAUCUAAUUAUAGACAUAACAGUAAUAGUAGCAGUGCAUUAUUAUCACAGGACUUUUUCUCCUUCCGAGUAAGAGGGACUUGAAUUCCGCAGUGGUAUCUGUAGUGUUUUUAUACUCCCUAAUCUAAGCUGAGACUUAGUAUGGCCAAACAGUUACAGUACUGGAAGAAGCUGUAUUGCUAUGAGAACACCUUGCUGAAAUCACUUUUGUGAGGCUUUCUGGGAGGCACCGGUUACUGGAAGCCCUGAUUUCUCUGUAAUGGAUUACCAUCAUUAAAGGUUCAAUGCUCUGCUGCAGGAACUGCACAGCUGAAACUAGUAAACUACAUCUAGAAAGCAGUCUUACUGUAGUUAUUUUCUAGCCCAAGUGUUAAACUAAUUUUAAGCCUGUGAAGUUCCCACUAAUUAGCUUUUCCAAUAGCCCAUCAAGGUAGUAAAUGAACCUACAGCCUGCGUACCUCCUGAGGGGUGGUGAAACGAUUAUGCUGCAGGAGAGUGAACUAAUGCUCUAUGCCCUAGAAAGGACACAAUGUCUUCUGGGGUGCGUAGGCUGUGUGCAGAGUAGUACUAAUUCUGUACAUCCCUCUCAGCUGGGCAGGGUCCCUUCUGUGGCAUGCAGCAAAAAGGUAAACCAAGUGAUCUUAUUUUUUCUUAGUUACUAGAACUGUUACAUGAACAAUCUAGUUGUGCCUACAAUCUAGCGUGUCAUUUGAUGAAAAGGACAUCUACCUUCAACCUGGAUAAAUGGAGUGACACUCCCUGUACCUACUGUUCUUUGUGUAUGUAAAGAAGCAAAUGCACGGAAGAGCUGGAUUUAACUGAGCCGUUCCAGUUUGGCAAAUAAACAAGCUUUACACCUGUUCUGUUCUUAGCAGUCUUGCCAAUACCUUAAAAUCACUACCUUGUAGUAACACCAUCUCAAACCAGCAUUAUUUUUGAUUCUUUUUGGCAAGUGAUGCCCUGUGAGAAACCUGUACCCCUUAAACUUCAAUUUGAUUCAACACUGAUUAGCUGCACACCUAGUAUAAAUUCUAUGUAUGUGUGAAGCAGUGGGUGUGGGCUAUUUAAGAAAGAAAAGGAGAAAAUUAAUUAAAAAUCAGCAGCCCUCAAUCAAGCUGCCAUAUACGCAUUGAGCCCAAUUACCCAUCUAGAUUCAGUUAAUAAAAGCUCUCUGUUCUGCCCCACUCUGCUCUGUGGUUCAAGCCCUCCAUGAGCCAUCUCAGUUACUAAACCAACCUAGCCAAGUGAGUCAUCCAGUUGAGGCAAAAGUAUGCAACAGAGGCUGCUUUUUGGCUGUCAGCCUUUUAGGUUGUGCUUUAACUCUUGCCCAUCUUCUAGUGUUUAAUGAAGAACUAUACCAUGUUCUUCAGUAGUCUUCAAUUAGUUUAAUUGCACUAUCUAUCUUGCCACUGGAAAAGCUAAAAUCAGUUGGGAAAGACUGCAGUAUAUCAUGUCUAGUGCUUAGUAUUUGAAAUGCUCGACCCUUGCAGGAGAGGGAAUACAUAUAGACAGGAAUAUGUGUGCCACAGUUGUGACGUGAGUUGGUGACCUUGGAAGGUCAAAAAGCUGCAUUGGUCAGCAUGCUUUGAAGAUCACGAUGCUCAUUGUGAGAAACAGGCUUUUGCCUUCUUCACCUUCCUGUGGCGUCUACUGGGUAACUUUCAAGACACUGAGAAAAUGCACUGGUUUAGCUCCCGAGGGACAGGGCUUUCUGGGUUUGUUCCCUUCUCCUUUUUCUUGAAGCUUUCAUUGGGAACCAUUUUUUCUCCCUCCACCAUUCAUUUCUAAAAGCGAUGCUGGGAAGCAAUAUCUGUGACAGCUACUUCUCUCCCGUUUACCUGUCAUAUAAAGCUGAAGUCACAUGUAAACUAGUCCUACGUUACUCUUGUAAAUAUGUGCGCAUUUCUGAUUUACUUGGUUCUCAACACAAAGCAGACAGCUUUGAGACAUCCUCUGUUCUGCCAGAUUUUCAAUUGGGAGCUUAAUAUAGUUCAGGAAGAAUUUAUGUCUGUGCAUGGAGUGUUUCAUUAAACUUUUCAAACAA